ACAAUUUCGCGCCAAUCUUGACCGCGCGUUCUGCUGUAACAAGCGGGCUCGGAGGUGCUCCCACUGCUGUCAUGGUUGGUUCGCUAAACUGCAUCGUCGCUGUGUCCCAGAACAUGGGCAUCGGCAAGAACGGGGACCUGCCCUGGCCACCGCUCAGGUAUCUGCCGGUCCGGGGCGAUGGGACCCAGACUGGCGCAGGCUGCCCGCGGUCGGGGUACCUGGGUGGGACGCGCCGGGCCGACUCCCGGCGAGAGGAUGGGGCCAGACUGGCGGUCUGCGCUGGCAGGAAGGGUGGGCCCGACUGGAUUCCCCUUUUCUGCUGCGCGGGAGGCCAAGUUGCUGAUUUCUGCCCGUAUCCUGCUGCCCGGUGAGGUCUUUGCCCUGCGGCGCCCUCGCCCAGGACAAAGUCCUAGCCCUGGAGAAAACACCUCACCCCUGCCCACAGCGCUCCGUUUGUCAGGUAAACAGAAUCUGGUGAUUAUGGGUAAGAAGACCUGGUUCUCCAUUCCUGAGAAGAAUCGACCUUUAAAGGGUAGAAUUAAUUUAGUUCUCAGCAGAGAACUCAAGGAACCUCCACAAGGAGCUCAUUUUCUUUCCAGAAGUCUAGAUGAUGCCUUAAAACUUACUGAACAACCAGAAUUAGCAAAUAAAGUAGACAUGGUCUGGAUAGUUGGUGGCAGUUCUGUUUAUAAGGAAGCCAUGAAUUACCCAGGCCAUCUUAAACUGUUUGUGACAAGGAUCAUGCAGGACUUUGAAAGUGACACGUUUUUUCCAGAAAUUGAUUUGGAGAAAUAUAAACUUCUGCCAGAAUUCCCAGGUGUUCUCUCUGAUGUCCAGGAGGAGAAAGGCAUUAAGUACAAAUUUGAAGUAUAUGAGAAGAAUGAUUAAUAUGAAGGUGUUUUCUGGUUUAAGUUGUUCCCCCUCCCUCUGAAAAAUGUAUUUUUACAUUAGAAAAGGUCUUUUGUUGACUUUAGAUCUAUAAUUAUUUCUAAGCAACUUGUUUUUAUUCCCCACUACUCUUGUCUCUAUCAGAUACCAUUUAUGAGACAUUCUUGCUAUAACUAAGUGCUUCUGCAAGACCCCGACUGAGUCCCCAGCACCUGCUACAGUGAGCUGCCAUUCCACACCCAUCACAUGUGGCACUCUUGCCAGUCCUUGACAUUGUCAGGCUUUUCACAUGUUGGUAAUAUUAAAGAUGAAGAUCCACAUACCCUUCAACUGAGCAAUUUCACUAGUGGAAAUACCAAAAGAUUCCUACGUGUAUAUCCAGAGGUUUGUAGAUAAAGGUUGCGGCCUUGUUUGUAACAGUGAAAAAUUGAAAACAACCUGGAAGUCCAGUGAUGGGAAAAUGAGUAUGUUUCUGUCUUAGAUUGGGGAACCCAAAGCAGAUUCCAAGACUGAAAUUUCAGUGAAAGCAGUUUAUUUGCUAGGUCAUACCAGAAAUCAUCAAUUGAGGUAUGGAGAAACUGAACUGAGAAGGUAAGAAAAGCAGUUUAAAGUCAGCGAGCAGGUUCUCAUUGGUAACAAGCUCUAUACUGCUGAGAUACAGGGAAAUGGAGGGGAGAAAGCUAGAGUAUUGAUCCCCCCCCACUCUCUCCUUGGUUAUAAGCUCCCUGUCCUAUGUGUGGGCGGAACGUACUCCAGUUGCUCUAUAGCAAGUCCCAGGUGUUUGCAGUAAGAAGCUGCUGGCAUGCAUGGGAACAGUGAAUGCCAAACACUUAAAGCAAUUCAAUGUUUAAAUAUGUAAGUAAGUUUUUUCUUUUUUUUUUUUUAAGACAGCGUUUCGCUCUUGUUGCCCAGGCUAGCGUGCAAUAAUGUGACCUCGGCUUACUGCAACCUCUGCCUUCCCAGAUUCAAGUGAUUCUCCUGCCUUAGGCUCCCAAGUAGCUAGGACCAGAUGCGUGCCACCAUGCCCGGCUAAUUUUUGUAUUUUGUAUUUUUAGUAGAGAUGGGGUUUCUCCAUGUUGGUCAGGCUGGUCUCGAACUCGUCACUGCAAGUGAUUCGCCCACCUCAGCCUCCCAAAGUGCUGGGAUUACAGGCAUGAGCCACCACACCCGGCACAUCUUCAUUCUUUUUAUGUAGUAAAAAGUAUAAGGCCACACAUGGUUUAUUUGAAAUAUUUUGUAAUUUAAAAAAAUAAAGAAGCAGGAAAGCCAAUUCUAAGUUCAAGUGAGGGAUGAUGGUUGCUUGAACCAAAGGGUUGCAUGUAGUAAGAAAUUGUGAUUUAAGAUAUAUUUUAAAGUAAGUAGCAGGAUAUUCUGAUGGAGUUUGACUUUGGUUUUGGGCCCACGGAGUUUGAGAUGCCUUUGAGAAAUGAAUGAAGUAGAGAGAAAAUAAAAGAAAAACUGGCCAGGCACAGUGGCUCACACCUGUAAUCCCAGCACUUUGGGAGGCUAAGGCAGGCAGAUCACUUGAGACCAGCUUGGGCAACAUGGCAAAGCCCCAUCUCUACAAAAAAAACACGAAAAUUAGCUGGGCAUUGUGGCACACACCUGUAUUCCCAUCUACUCAGAGAGCUGAGAUGGAAGAAUCAAUUGAGCCCACGAGUUCAAGGCUGCAGUGAGUCGUGAUUGUGCCACUGCACUCCAGCCUGGGUGACAGAAGAGACCUUGUCUCGAAAAGGAAUCUGAAAACAAUGGAACCAUGCCUUCAGAAUUCUAGAAAGUUAUUUUCAACUGAUAAAUCUAUAUUCACCCAAAUAAUCAAGGGUGAAGGUAAAAUAAUACAUUUUUAGACAAGCAAAGACUCAGGGGUUACCUCCAUGUACCCUUUUUAGGGAAGCUGUUGGAGAAAAUACUCCAGCAAAAUGAAGGAGUUCGCAAACCAGAGAAUGACAUGGAUCCAGCAAAUAGGAUCCAACACAGGCAAUAUUCCAGCUAUGGAGCUAGCUUUAAAAAGAAACAGUAAAAAUAUUAAUAGGUUAGCUGGGUGGAAUGGCCAAUGCCUGUAGUCCCAGCUACUCAGGAGGCUCAGCAGCAGGAUGGCUUGAUUCCAAGAGUUCCAGACCAGCCUGGCCACCUUAGUGAAAUCCCUUCUCUUAAUAACUUAUUGCCAGAUUUGGGGCAUUUGGAAAGAAGUUCAUUGAAUAUAAAGCAAAAGUAAAAAAAAAAAAAAGGCAAAGGGUUGGUUAGGCAAUCAUUAAUUCUAGGGCAGAAAGAAGUACAGGAUAGGAAGAGCAUAAUACACUGUUUUUCUCAACAAGGAGCAGUAUGUACACAGUCAUAAUGAUGUGGUGACUGCUUAGCCCCUAAAUAUGGUAACCACUGUGGGACAAUAUGGGAGGAAAAGUGAAGAUUGUGAUGGUGUAAGAGCUAAAUCCUCAUCUGUCAUAUCCAGAAAUCACUAUAUAAUAAUGAAGAAAUGACUAAGUAGUUAUGUGAGGAAAAAAACAACAUUGCUAAAAGAGUUAAAAGUCAUUGCUCUGGAGAAUUAGGAGGGAUGGGGCAGGGGACUGUUAGGAUGCAUUAUAAACUGAAAAGCCUUUUUAAAAUUGUAUGUAUUAAUAUAUGCAUUCACUUGAAAAACUAAAAAAAAAAUAAUAAGGAAAAACUAAGAGAAUGAAAAGUAUUUGCCUCUGGAAAGAACAACUGGCAGGACUGUUGUUUUCAUUGUAAGACUUUUGGAGCCAUUUUAUUGUACUUAACCAUUUUCAUCUAUUUCUUUAAUAAGAACAAUUCUAUCUUAAUAAAGAGUUACACUUGUUCAUAA